GCGGGUCGGUUAGUGUAACGGUGUUUAUAACACGCUCCCACUGGGACAAAGGAAAAGCUGACUAGCUUGGCCCAAAAGUAAACAACAACAAUAAUCAAAUAACAUUGGUGUUCAGUGAGCUCUCUCUAUAUAAAAGUAACUGGGGAAUUGCAAUUUCGGUUGUAAAUUGAAAAUAGAAAAUAUAAAUUAUAUAAACAAGAGACCGGUUUUUCACAAAUGCCCCCUAUCAGUGGGCCAAGAUAACCCGCCGAGGAUAACGCGGUUCGUGGUUCAGUGGCAAUUUGCAUUGAUGAACUGUGCGCGCCGCCCGCCGUGCAUAACAAAAACCAAUCCGCAAUCCGCUAUCCUCAUCCCCGGAGCGUGGGGUUCGGUUCAUCGAUAAUCAGAAGAACCCCAGGACCUCCACAGACCAGAGCCCACCCGAUUAUCCUUUGAUGUCUGAGUCUGAGUCUGAGUGAGUGUGUGUCUGUCUCGGUGUGCAAGCAAAGUGUGAAAAAGCGCAAAAUAAAUAUUAAAAGCAAAACGUGCGUGGAUUAGAAAGCAUAAACCGGCAGGCAGCGGAAAAGCGGAAAAGCAGAAACCACAACAACUACCGCCAGCUGGAAGUUGGUGGAAGAGUGCUGAAGGAGCACAGAAGUAUUCGCUAUAAGCAGCAGCAGAUAUUGCGACUGUAGCGGCAACAAACAGACAUGGCCAGCAAAAGGAUCCGGCCAGAAGGAGGCGAGCAGGAGGGGCGAAAAGGACGAAGGAUGAGCAGCGCCUGCCGACGACCGGGAGCCUUGCAUACGGCAUUCAAUAUGCUGGCGUUGAGCUGGAUUAUAAUCUCAGAGUUAUUGCUCAGUGCCCACUGCCUGAAGGAUCUGAAGAUAUUUGUACCGGAGGCCGUCCUCAUGGGAAAUGCAGCGACAUUGUCUUGUCAAUACGAUUUGGAGCAGGCGGCGCUUUACGCGGUACGCUGGUACUUCGGACAGGAGGAGUUCUACCGCUACGUUCCCCGCGAGGCCAAGCCCACAUUUGUCUUCGCCGUCGCCGGCAUUAAUGUUGAUCUCAGCAAAUCGGAUGCCAUGUCGGUCACGCUGAGAGGUGUCACCCGGGAGCUGAGUGGCAGCUAUCAGUGCGAGGUCUCCGAGGACGCACCACUCUUCCACACGGAGAUUCGAUCCGCUCACAUGCAGGUGGUCGAGAUGCCCAAAGACGAUCCCGUUUUGCAGGUGGACAAGAAGGUGAUUGGCGUGAACGACCACUUCAAGGCUGUGUGCACGGUGGGGCCAUCUUAUCCGGCGGCCAACAUCACAUGGAGCAUAGGCACGCGCACGAUCCACCCAACGCAACUCCAGCGCAUCACGCAGGACGCCUACGAGGGCUCCACCACGUACUCCUCGCUGGAGAUGUUCCCGCACAACCAGAUGCUCCGCGGCUUCUUCGAGACCAAGUACCAGUACACGGUGCCCCUGCAGUGCACGGUGGCGAUUAUGAACAUGUUCCACAAGGUUGUCGAGCAGCGGCUCACCCUGAAUAUGUCGCCGCCGACGACCAUAUCGCCCAAUCUGCUGGGUCUGGAGGGAUCCAAGCGGUAUGCCAACGGGGAUCCGGACAACUCGGCGCUAACUGGCGCCUCGCAGCGCUGCUGCAUUUGCUGCGGAGCUUUCGGCGCCAUUUCGCUGGCGAUUUUCACAAUGGCAAUGGCGCGGCAACUGUGACCGCAGCGGACAGCCUAAAUGCGUAAUGGAAAACGCCAAACGGGAUGCAGCCGGACAAGUCACCUCCAAGGAAGAAACAACAGUGCGAGCUGUGUAAUUAAAAAAUAACAAAAUGCUUAAUUGCGCAAAAAACAACAGCAGAGGAAAUGCAAAAAUCAAAAGCAAAAAAACGAAAAAAAAUUUAAUGGGAGCGGGGAAAAUUGUUGGCGACAGCGACCCUGCAUUGUCAACGCCUAGUAGCAUGUCCUUGUAUUUUAUAUAUUUUUCAUUCGAAUAUGUUGCCUCAUUCGCCAAACAAAAACAAGCAACUGGGUCGCAUGUCCAUAAGUUCAAAAAGCGAAGUAAUAUUUUCAAUGCAUUAAUUCAUUUGCGAUGGCUACAUACAAAAUUCUGAUAAUAACAAUACAUUAAACAUAAGUCAGUCGGGGGCUGAAUUUCCACACAAGCUCGAGCAUAGGUCGAAGGAAAGGUUAAAGUAAUAAUAGUAAAAGUAAAUAUAUAUAGCGUAAAUUUAAUACCUAACAUGCGUAAUUGCAUGUUGUGGAUGUGGAGGCGUGAUGUUGAACUCUUUGAAAAGAAAAAAAUCGAAAAAUGAAAAACAAAACUGCCUGCAGACAACAUAAAAGUAUAGGAAAAAACAGAUCGAAUCCAUAAAUUUAAAUAAAUUAACACAUGCACUUGCAAACAAACUUUGCAAACAAAUUACAUAACAAAAGAAAAACAACAAUUAAUAAGCAUAAGUGACACACAUUUAACUACUAAGUACACCCUACCCUCCAACUACCGCAGCCUAGGCACAUAAGUUAUGUAAAUAAUUACUGUAAAGAACUAAAGAGAAAAAAAACCAUAAUAAUAAUAAAUUAAUAAAUACGAAACCCGCACAUGGGCAAACAUUAAUUAAAGCUAGAGCAAAGUGUGGAGAAAAAGUUAAAUACAAAACUAAUUAAGUCCUUGUGAAAAAAUCAAUGAAAUCAAAAAAGUCAAAAAUUGAUAUCGGCCAAAUUCAGUUUAAUUGAAUUUGUUUUAAUUUCAAUUGUGGCUUAUUUGCGGUAUUAUUUUGGUCCGUUUUCUGUUAAAAAGUUUGCGUUAGCAGUCUUUGUUUUAGACUAAAUUUCCAUAAAUAAAUGCAAAAUAUAUAUAUAUUUAUCGAAUAAUAAUUGCGGAGGCGAGAGAAUUUAGUGCGUCUAUGUUAGUUGGAAGAUGUUAAGAGUAUUUUCUGCGCAACUAACUAAAAGUAAAUCCAAACUCCUUGGCCAAAGGACUAUUUUUAGACGUUCGUGCGCAGCGCAAGCUCACUGAGAAAAAUUCCACAUUGCGUUUGUUUGUGCAUCUCAGCUAAGAAGAAAAAAUCUACCAAUGUAAGCUCCAAAAAUGCAAAAUACAUUGUAAAUCAAAACACAAAAAAAAAAACCAUAUUAUUUUAGCGUGUUGUGGGCAGGUCGAAAUAACUGACAAAACUGAAACUAAACUUAACUAAACUAAACCAAAAAAGGCAAACUAAUAAUAAAAUGUAAAAUCAAACUUAAAUACAGGAAAACGAGGAAAUAAUACAAAACAAACCAAUGAGAGCAAAUGAGUCAACGGGAGGAAAUUAUAUAUUAAAUAUGCAUAAUUAUGAAUAAUUUAAUGCGAGUUAAGCAAAGCCAAAAAGGUCAAACGAAAUCAAACCACACACAGAAACCAACAACAAAGUGCACGCUGAUGUGGGCGUGGAAUUUAGCUCAAAAUUAAAUGCGAUAAUGGCAAGAAUUAUAUGACGAAAUAAAUAAAUAAUACAAAAUGU